AUGGCCAUACCAAACAUGCAACAACCAUUCUACCCACCACAAGGAUUCCCGCACCCGUAUCUUCAACAACAACAGGCACAGGCACAGGCACAAGCCCAAGCCCAAGCACAACAGCAGCAACAGUAUCAACAAGCAUAUGCACAAGCACAUGCGCAACAGCAGCAACAGCAAGCAUCCCCGACCCCACUCUCAACCCCACCACCACCCAAAGACUCCAAAUACCCCCGCUUCGUGAACCCCUUCCAGGAGGAGAAGCCGCAAGGGUCUUACGGCAAGAAGACAGUUGCAAGAGAUGAGGAGGAGUUGGUGAGGUAG